CUCUACUUCCGGUGCUUUGGGUCCUUGCGUUUACCGAGGCCGGAUGCAGGCGUGUUCUCGCGAGAGGAGGUAAAGGGCGCAGGGUUUGAAACAUGGCGGACGACGUAGACCAGCAACAAACUACCAACACAGUAGAGGAGCCCCUGGAUCUCAUCAGGCUCAGCCUGGAUGAGCGCAUUUACGUGAAAAUGCGAAAUGACCGAGAGCUUCGAGGAAGAUUACAUGCUUAUGAUCAACAUUUAAAUAUGAUAUUGGGAGAUGUGGAAGAAACUGUGACUACUAUAGAAAUUGAUGAAGAAACAUACGAAGAGAUAUAUAAACAAGGACAUUCUGAACCGGCUUUUUUUAAUCGCAAGUGUGUGUUGGUGAAGAAUUUGAUGAGUACCGGUAAAGUUUGGUGCAACUGCCUUUAUUUGCUAAGUCAACGAAACGGAAUAUUCCGAUGCUCUUUGUUCGAGGAGAUGGUGUUGUACUAGUUGCCCCUCCAUUGAGAGUUGGCUGAAACAAAGAAUUUAUCCUGUGUGGAAAAGAGGAGACUUUGUACCAUUGCCUCGUUAAUGUGGAAUAUAUUCAAAAGAGAAACCUGCAUAAAUUUUUGAUACUUCACAAUGACCAAGGGUUCUUCUAUUCCUGAAAUGAGUUGAUUUGCAGAUAACUCACAAGUUCUUAAGCUAAAUGGCAUUUUUAUUUUUCUCCAACGUUUCCAAUAAAUGUAAUCACAGAAAUGCAGAACUCUUUUUGCAGAUAAUUUUGGAUUUUUUUUUCUUAAAUUAAAUCUGAUUUUUUUCCCUUUUUGGUUUUUUAAAAGACAGUCUCUUGUGAAUUAUUUAAAAUUAGCGUGUU